UCUUCCACUGACUGAGCACAGAAUCUUAGUAUAUUCAAGCUUAUAAAAAAUUGCUUCAAAUGGAACAUCCAGAGCAGCUUCUUCCUGGUUUCAGCAUGCACUACCGUGGGAGACUAAAUGCCCCCAAGGGAAAAUCUGAUGCUGAGAAGGAUGACCUGCCUGAAUUUGAACCUUUUAAAGGAGCAGUACCUCGGGGACCACAAGAUUAUAACAGCUUGACGCUGAUGAAAUUAGACCUGCACAAGAAUGAAAAUACCAUGGCACAUCGAACCAACUCAUUUAAACAUGACAAUCUCAUCAUACGGCGGGGCCAGAAGUUCACAAUGACCCUCACCUUCAACCGUACAUACAAUCUCAAUACAGACACGGCCAUGUUGGAGUUUGUAAUGGGUAAGAACUCCCUCUCUGGCAAGGCUACCUACGUCAUUGUGCUUCUAGGACCCAAGUGUCCAAUUUCAGAUCAAACGUGUAAGUGGGUGGUAGAUGUCAGGAAGCUGACAGGUGACACAAUGACUGUGGGCAUAACACCUUCAGCAGACUGCAUUAUCGGACAGUAUCACAUCUUUUUGACUGUGUUAAACUCUUCGGGAAAAAAACGGACAGACCUCAACACAGAGAUUUAUGUCCUCUUCAAUGCAUGGUGCCCAGAAGAUGAAGUCUUCUUGAGUGAUGAGAAUCAGCGGAAAGAGUACGUUCUCAAUGACCAGGGAAUAAUCUUCAAUGGAGAGACAAACAAUGUAGCCAGCAGGCCAUGGAACUUCGGACAGUACAAACCUGGUGUUCUGGAUGCCUGUUUCUAUGUCUUGAACAUGUCAGGCAUACUGCUGGAUGAUAGAAAAAGUGUUAUUCUGGUAACCCGGAGAACAUCUGCAAUGGUGAAUGCCCUGGAUGACAAUGGGGUGUUGGUGGGUAACUGGUCUGGUGUCUAUACCAUGGGCACUUCUCCCUCCGCUUGGACUGGCAGCGCAGAAAUCCUUCUACAGUACAGCAACAGCGGUACACCCGUGUCUUAUGCACAGUGUUGGGUGUAUGCUGGUGUAUUUAAUACCAUUUUGCGUUGUCUGGGGGUCCCAUGCAGGGUGGUCACCAACUACAACUCUUCCCAUGACAGCAAUGGAAAUUUAACGAUUGAUAUCUUCAUAGAUGAAGAUGGGACAAUGAACAGGACAUACACUAAUGACUCAGUGUGGAAUUACCACUGCUGGAAUGAGGCCUACAUGAGAAGGUCGGACUUGACCCUUGACUCCAAAUAUUGGGGCUGGCAGGUAGUGGAUGCCACGCCACAAGAAACCAGUAAUGGAUUCUAUCAAUGUGGCCCAACCUCAGUUAAAGCCAUCAAAGAAGGGGACCUGUGUUACCCUUAUGAUGCCCAAUUUGUCUUUGCCGAGGUGAACAGUGAUGUAGUAUAUAAGAUGGUGGAUAGGAAUGGACAGUGGACGACUGUGCAAAAAGACACAACCUAUGUAGGGAAGAAGAUCCUAACAAAAGCAGUUGGUUCAAAUGUAGCUGAAAGCAUCAUGGAUAACUACAAAUAUGAAGAGGGAUCGCCAUCUGAUGUAGCUACCAUGGAACGAGCAACAAGCUUCGGUUGUGCAAGAGACCGUUCGCUCCUUCAGGAAACUGAUGUGGAUAUUGAGUUGAUGGCACCUUCUGUGCAGCUGGGACAACAUUUCUACUUGACCCUUGGGAUUAAGAACAAAAGCUUGGAACAGAGAACUGUACAGCUUACUGUAACCUGCUCUGUUAUCUACUACACUGGUGUAAAUUUUAGUUCUUUCAAGGAGGAGAGAAAGACUGUCUCCCUGGGGCCAUCAAUGACUAAAAAUUUGAAUAUAGAGAUACUGGCAAAUGAAUACAUGGAUCAUAUGGUGGAUCAAGGCAGCCUCAAAUUCAUCUGUGUGGGGAAAGUCCAAGAAAACAAUCAGGUCUUGGCAGCAGGCCAGGUGGUCAGGAUGGAAGUCCCCAUUCUAAGUUUAAAGCUGGAUGGAGAGGUAAGGGUGGGCCAUGAGAUGUCUGUCACCAUGGAGUUCACCAACAUCUUCAACAUGGUCUUGGAACAUGUGCAUUUGCGCAUGGAGGGACCUGGUGAGAUGGGAUUCAAGAAGAAAUAUUAUGAAUAUAUUGCCCCUGGUGCCUCUUUAACAUGGACUGAGUCAUUUGUCCCUGAGAUGCCUGGAGAAGGAACAAUGGUAGGCAGUCUGGACUGUCCCAAGCUCAGACAGGUCUACGGCAAGCUUGAAUUCUACUCCCAGCCUUAAAACAGCCCUAAAAACAACAAUCAAAAGAAGAUCCCAUUUAACUCAUAGCAAGCAAUAUGAUACAAAUCAGAAUGUCUGUCUCUUCCAAAUGCUGUUAAUAAAAUAACUAGUUGCAGUUAUUUUAACUGAGUUACAGUUUUUCUCAGUUGCUUUGGUGCAUUUCUCAGAUGAGAAUUAAAAUUCUCAAAAUUGCUUGUUCCAUAUCAUCAUUUCUUCAAACAAACAGCAAAUGCUUAAUACAUCCAUGCACUUGAUUGUGUACUGAUGUCACUGUUUUUUUUAUUAUUUGCUAAUGUCAUGUUAAUAAUAAUAAUAAUAAUAAUAAUAAUUAUAAUAAGCUUUAUUUGUAUAGCACCUUUCAUACACAGAAUGCAGCUGUUCAAAAUGCACUAUACUGGUUUUUAUGUUGAAUGGGCUCUGUGCACUAACAUACUUGAGGUACAAUUAAAGCACUCAUUUUCCGAUGCUUGUCGACAGCCAUGUCAACAGAAAACCUGUUUGCCGACUUUAAGUAAGCUAGUGCACACAGCCCAUAGUCUUACCCCCUAAAACAAAUAGGCCUUGCUUCAUCGCUAGAGUCAUUACAAGCAAAAGCUUUCAUUACUAGUUGUCAUAGUCUGUCUAGCAUACAUUUAUGUGACCUAACAGACUGGAGUGUAUAGAAAUAUUUACUUAUACAGUAAGUCUGUCUUGCAAAUGGUGCACAGCUCUGGCCAAGGGGUGUUUUACUGUUUAUUUACCAUUUUCCUUUGCACAAUGCUCUAAAAGCCUUUGUUUGCUUUAUACUGUCACAAUGUUUGUCAACAGUCCUCCACACACAAUAAUGUGCAACUUUGUAGUUUUAAAAAUUAUGCCACAUAGAAAAUAGUGCUGCCUUAUGCAUUGUUCAUUAGAAAAUACAGAGUAAACAGUCAUAUUGACAACAUGACAAAGCAUUUUCAUUUUGAUUGCACAGGUGUAAAUUAUUUGAGACAUAGAACUAAACACUAAACAAGAUGCAUGCUUUUGCAGGUAAUACACUAUGUGGUGCAGUCAGUUCUAAUUGUUUUGAGAAAUGCUCUGUUGUGCAAAUGUCGACGAUGAUUUGAGAAAUACAAACAACUGUUCAGAAAUGAUUGAUAUACUAUGACAACAUUGCCUAAAUGGGAGUUAUAAUCAAAACUAAUUAUAUUCUGGCAAAAGUUAGUAUAAAAGAUGUUGAUGCAAUGGCUCCCUUCAAGCAAUUUGUCACUUUUCAAGGUGUGUUUUUAUGUUUCAUUUUGGUGUAAUUUUAAAAGUUAAAUUUUGAUGGUACUAGGUCUAGGCUAUGUGGUUUUGUAACUUGGAUUGGAACAGCCUGUCAAAAUGUAAGAAAAGCUUUCACAGUAAAUCAGCUACAACAGUAGCAAGCUUUUAUCAGUCAGCUGGACUGUUGGUGGCAUUUGCAAGGUUUUGUGUGCCUUUUAAGUGGGUAGGUUGAUCAUUUUAGACCAAAACACCAUAAUGCUUCUGUAAGCUAUAAAUGUAUCCUUAUGAAUCCGAAACAAUAAAUCCUUCAU